ACCAAACAUGCUAGUAUCUCCCUCUUGUGUGGGGGAAAGCAGUCCGAGAAUAAGUUCCCCAAACUUUCAUUAUAGUGAGAGCGUCUUCUAUGGGUCUCUCUCCGGUCAAGCUCCCUAUAACUCUGCCAUUCUGUCGCUCGCCGUCUCAAUUGUGGCUCUCUCCUCACCCUCCCAUUGGCAAUACCUGCCUUGGCGCCGAAUUCAGUUCAUGUCGGACGGAACCAAAUUUCUACAAGACGGGGAAGGAGAUACUUUUUAGUGCAUGAGUCUACGCAAGUCCUGAAAGUUGUACGAAAACAGUCGAUACAGGGGUAUCUUCACAAGAUAGAAAGGCACGGGUGGCUUCCACUGUCUCUUCGCCCUGUCUUUUUCUUGUCUCCUCCCUUUUCGGAUGUUAAGUGGUACUUUCCGCGGCGAAAGGGAGGGGGAGGCUUUGGCGCCAUUUUGUGUGUGAUUGUGAACGGGGUGGGCUGUACUCUGUGAAGAGGCCACCACCACCAUGUAUAUCAAACAGAUCCUACUUCGCGUGAAGACUGGGGCGAAGGCCCACACAAGCAGCUCUUCUUUCCCAGUUUGAGUGAUGACGGGAGGAGGAUGCGAUUACCCCGAACCCCGGUGAUUAUCCAGGGUUUUCGAAGCUACCGAGAUCAAACUAUAGUAGAUCCCUUCAGUUCAAAGCAUAAUGUCAUUGUGGGCAGAAAUGGUUCUGGAAAAAGCAACUUUUUCUAUGCAAUUCAGUUUGUUCUCAGUGAUGAAUUCAGUCAUCUUCGUCCUGAGCAAAGGCUGGCUUUGUUGCACGAAGGCACAGGUCCUCGUGUUAUUUCUGCUUUUGUGGAAAUUAUCUUUGACAACUCGGACAACAGGUUACCGAUUGAUAAAGAAGAAGUAUCUCUUCGCAGAGUCAUUGGAGCUAAAAAGGACCAAUAUUUCUUAGACAAGAAAAUGGUAACGAAAAAUGAUGUGAUGAACCUACUUGAAAGUGCUGGAUUUUCUCGCAGCAAUCCCUACUAUAUUGUUAAGCAAGGAAAGAUCAAUCAGAUGGCCACAGCUCCUGAUUCUCAGAGACUAAAACUGUUAAGGGAAGUAGCUGGCACUAGAGUGUAUGAUGAACGUAAAGAAGAGAGUAUCUCCUUAAUGAAAGAAACAGAGGGGAAAAGGGAGAAAAUAAAUGAGCUGUUGAAAUAUAUUGAAGAGAGAUUACAUACUUUGGAAGAGGAGAAAGAAGAGCUAGCUCAAUAUCAGAAGUGGGAUAAAAUGAGAAGAGCACUGGAGUACACAAUUUAUAAUCAGGAACUUAAUGAAACACGUGCUAAACUUGAUGAGCUUUCUGCCAAACGAGAAACAAGUGGAGAAAAAUCCAGGCAAUUAAGAGAUGCACAACAGGAUGCUCGAGAUAAAAUGGAAGAAAUCGAACGGCAAGUCCGAGAAUUAAAAACCAAGAUUUCAGCUAUGAAAGAAGAAAAGGAGCAGCUCAGUGCUGAAAGACAGGAACAGAUUAAACAGAGGACCAAACUAGAGCUUAAAGCAAAAGACUUGCAAGAUGAACUGGCUGGAAAUAGUGAACAACGAAAAAGACUGUUGAAAGAGAGGCAAAAACUUCUUGAGAAAAUUGAAGAAAAACAGAAAGAACUAGCAGAAACAGAACCAAAGUUCAAUAGCGUAAAAGAAAAAGAAGAACGAGGAAUUGCCAGACUGGCACAGGCUACCCAGGAAAGAACAGAUCUUUAUGCAAAGCAAGGGCGAGGAAGUCAGUUUACAUCAAAAGAAGAGAGAGAUAAGUGGAUUAAAAAAGAACUCAAAUCCCUAGAUCAGGCCAUCAAUGACAAGAAACGGCAGAUUGCCGCUAUACACAAAGAUUUAGAAGAUACAGAGGCUAACAAAGAGAAGAAUCUGGAGCAGUAUAAUAAACUGGAUCAGGAUCUUAAUGAAGUGAAAGCUCGUGUUGAAGAACUGGACAGAAAAUAUUAUGAAGUGAAAAAUAAGAAAGAUGAACUACAGAGUGAAAGAAAUUACUUGUGGAGAGAAGAGAAUGCAGAACAGCAAGCUCUUGCUGCAAAACGGGAGGAUUUGGAAAAGAAACAACAGCUUCUUAGAGCAGCAACAGGAAAGGCUAUUCUAAAUGGAAUUGACAGCAUAAACAAAGUCUUGGAGCAUUUUCGUCGCAAAGGCAUUAACCAGCAUGUUCUGAAUGGCUAUCAUGGAAUAGUAAUGAAUAACUUUGAGUGUGAGCCUGCUUUCUACACCUGUGUUGAAGUUACUGCAGGAAACAGACUUUUUUAUCAUAUUGUAGAUUCUGAUGAGGUCAGUACUAAAAUUCUAAUGGAGUUCAAUAAAAUGAAUCUACCCGGAGAAGUAACUUUCCUGCCUCUGAACAAACUGGAUGUUAGAGAUACUGCAUACCCUGAAACCAAUGAUGCCAUUCCUAUGAUUAGUAAACUAAGAUACAAUCUAAGAUUUGAUAAAGCCUUCAAACAUGUUUUUGGAAAGACUCUUAUUUGUCGCAGUAUGGAAGUGUCUACCCAGCUGGCCAGAGCUUUUACUAUGGAUUGUAUUACGUUGGAAGGUGAUCAAGUUAGCCACCGAGGGGCUUUGACUGGGGGUUAUUAUGACACAAGAAAGUCACGACUUGAACUCCAGAAAGAUGUUAGAAAGGUAGAAGAAGAACUUGGAGAACUUGAAGCAAAACUCAAUGAAAACUUGCGCAGAAACAUUGAAAGGAUUAAUAAUGAAAUUGAUCAGCUUAUGAAUCAAAUGCAGCAGAUUGAAACCCAACAAAGAAAAUUCAAAGCUUCCAGAGACAGCAUCUUAUCAGAGAUGAAAAUGUUGAAAGAAAAGAGACAGCAGUCAGAAAAAACGUUUAUGCCUAAGCAACGCAGCUUACAAAGUCUGGAGGCAAGUUUACAUGCUAUGGAAUCAACCCGAGAGUCUUUAAAAGCAGAACUGGGAACAGACUUGUUGUCUCAGCUCAGUUUAGAGGACCAGAAGCGAGUCGAUGCACUUAAUGAUGAGAUCCGACAGCUACAGCAAGAAAACAGACAGCUUUUGAAUGAGAGGAUAAAGCUUGAAGGCAUCAUCACACGAGUUGAGACUUAUCUCAAUGAGAAUUUGAGGAAACGCUUAGAUCAAGUUGAACAAGAGCUGAAUGAGUUGAGAGAAACAGAAGGUGGCACUGUUCUUACAGCCACAACAUCCGAGCUUGAGGCGAUCAAUAAACGAGUAAAGGAUACACUGGCACGCUCAGAAGAUCUGGACAAUUCAAUUGAUAAAACAGAAGCAGGAAUCAAAGAACUCCAGAAGAGCAUGGAGCGUUGGAAGAACAUGGAGAAAGAGCACAUGGAUGCUAUUAAUCAUGACACAAAAGAGCUUGAGAAAAUGACUAACCGGCAAGGCAUGCUUCUGAAAAAGAAGGAAGAAUGUAUGAAGAAAAUCAGGGAAUUGGGAUCACUUCCUCAAGAAGCUUUUGAAAAAUACCAGACGUUGAGCCUAAAGCAGCUGUUUCGCAAACUGGAACAAUGCAACACAGAAUUGAAAAAAUACAGUCACGUCAAUAAAAAAGCUCUAGAUCAAUUUGUGAACUUUUCAGAACAGAAAGAGAAGUUGAUAAAACGUCAGGAAGAGUUGGACAGGGGCUAUAAGUCUAUCAUGGAGUUGAUGAAUGUCCUUGAACUCAGAAAAUAUGAAGCUAUCCAGCUGACAUUUAAACAGGUGUCAAAGAACUUCAGUGAGGUCUUUCAGAAGCUGGUGCCUGGGGGUAAAGCUACACUUGUGAUGAAGAAGGGUGAUGUGGAAGGCAGUCAGUCUCAAGAUGAAGGUGAAGGUGGUGCGGACAGUGAAAAGGGAUCAGGAUCUCAAAGUAGCGUCCCAUCUGUAGACCAGUUUACUGGAGUUGGGAUUAGGGUGUCAUUUACUGGUAAGCAAGGUGAAAUGAGAGAGAUGCAGCAGCUUUCUGGUGGACAGAAAUCACUAGUGGCUCUAGCCUUAAUUUUUGCUAUCCAGAAAUGUGACCCAGCUCCCUUUUACCUCUUCGAUGAAAUUGAUCAAGCCCUGGAUGCCCAACAUAGAAAGGCUGUUUCAGAUAUGAUCAUGGAAUUAGCAGAACAUGCUCAGUUUAUUACCACAACUUUCCGGCCUGAACUGCUUGAGUCUGCUGAUAAAUUCUAUGGUGUAAAAUUCAGAAAUAAGGUCAGUCAUAUUGAUGUGAUCACAGCAGAGAUGGCCAAAGACUUUGUGGAAGAUGAUACUACUCAUGGAUAAGUGGGAAAGAACUGCCGGCCUGUUGGGAAGAUGUGUAAAAUAUUUAUGCCUACACAGCUGUGUAAAUCUGAAAUACAUAGUCACUGUUCAAAAGCUACUUUAACAUAGUUAAUAGAUCAUCUGAAGAUUAUAACUUCCGUAGUCAUUGGGCUCCAUGUUAUGUAUGUGCUGUUGUAUUCUUUUAUAAAUUAUCUGUUAAUUUUACCUUGAUACUAUGCUUGUAGUUUGAAAAAUGCAUUCUCUUGGAGUUUUGUGUGUGUAAUGUGUCUUGCUGUUUAAAUGUUACUGGCUUUUUAAAUGCCAGCUCUUCCUUCCCAGUUUUAAUUUUAUUGUUUAUACUGCCUCACAUUUUUUUUAAAAUAGCUUCAAUAAAAUAAUUGUUUUUAAUGCUGUAAUUUAGGAACAUGUUCUUGAUCUUGGGAACUGCUAUAGUGUAUAAUGCAGUUUGAUUUUGAGUAUGCAGAUCAAUACUUGGCAGUAGAGUUUAUAGGUGAAUUUAAAUUCCUGGAUUUUGUGUCAUUGGGUUUUUAGAUGUUAUGGUAGAUUACAAAUGUUGGCUGUAAAUCUGAAUGUAAACUUCUGGUUGUGAUUUGUGUGCUUCAAUGCCUCACAAUCAGAUUUUCUAUUUUAUUUUUACUCUGUAAGGAGUUGUUCACCUCUUAUCACCACUCCUGCUCCUCUUCCCUCUUCAAGCUAGUUGUGUGCACAAUAUCUGUUCUGGUUAAAUAAAACUUCUCAUCCAUUU